GGCUGCUGAAGUCGAAGGAAAUACUUGUGAGAAAAGUGUUUUUGUCCUCACAUUGAACACGGUACCGUGUCUCUGGUUGUACUGUGUAACUGUUCGAGCAGAUAUGGAUGAAUAUGACGAACUGUUCGAGAUACAGGACGACUUCGAGGACCAGUAUGCUGACGAGCUGGAGGCGCUGGCUCAGAUGGAGGAGGAAUCUUCCAAGCAGAAGAAACAUCCGAAGCAGGGUGCAACAGACGACAUUUCUGACAUAGAGCACCUGCUCGAUGAUCAGCCCACGACCCCAAAGGCAAAGCGGCAGAAGCAGGAUGCAGGAGUGGCCAAGCGACUUUUCAACUCACAGCAGACUCAAGAGAGCAAAGCCCCAAAGCAGAGUGAUGACAUCACACCCCCGUCCUCUCCAGAGCAGUAUGAACACCCUCGCACCUUCAGGUCGACGCCAGCACAGUUGGAUAUCAGCGGCUUUGCUACAAUCCCAGAGACACCCAGGCGACCUCCCACAGCGGCGCCAACAUCGCAGCAUGUGCUGAGGCGGCCUCCUUUAGAGGGAGAGUACGUUACUGUGACAGACUCAUCAGGGACUCGGGUCUACCUCCGACAAGCAGAAGACACGGGGACAAAGGUAGUGGACACCAGAUUGGUUCCAAACUCCCAGGGUUCACUGGGGCUGCUGGCGGUGCCGAUUGGUGUUUUGAGAGAACAAGAGGCAGAAAGACGCCACCAGCAGCUUGUGGAAGAAUCUCAGCAUCUUACUGAUAUACUGUCCAGCAGUGUGAACGAUGUGGUUGUUGAGCCUGAAAGCAGAGAAGAUGAAGAAAACGACGAUCCUGAGGACACAGAGGGACGAACGUCACGCCUCUGGGUGGACAGAUUCUCUCCCAGACACUACACAGAGCUUCUCAGUGAUGAUUUUACAAACCGCUGUCUGCUCAAGUGGUUAAAACUUUGGGACACUGUUGUGUUCGGAAGAGAGAGGAAGUCCCGCCCCGCCCGGUCUGACAGACAGGCUCCCAGCCAGAAUUCAUUUAAACCCAACCAACCCAAUCAGAAUCAGAAUCGCUUCAAGAGCAAGAUCGAGGUGACUGAGGAGCUUCUGGAGGCCGAACUGGACCAGUACAAACGACCCAAAUUCAAGGUGGCGUUGUUGUCUGGUCCUCCAGGUUUGGGGAAGACCACCCUGGCUCAUGUCAUAGCAAAGCAUGCUGGGUACAACGUGGUGGAAAUCAAUGCCAGUGACGAUCGCAGUGCAGAGGUGUUCCAGAAACGCAUCGACACAGCGACACAGAUGAAGUCGGUUUUGGGAGCCAACGAGAAGCCAAACUGCCUCAUUAUUGAUGAGAUCGACGGAGCCCCUGCGGCUGCAAUCAACAUCCUGUUAGCAACUCUGAACAGGAAAGACGGACAUGGCGGGGAAGCGGGCACAGAGGCAGCGAAGAAGAAAAAGAAAAAGGAGCCCAUCCUGCUCCGACCAAUCAUCUGCAUCUGUAACGACCUUUAUGUUCCAGCUCUCAGACCUCUCAGGCAGCAGGCCUUCCUCCUGGUGUUCCCCCAGACUCAGCCCUCGCGCCUUGCACAGAGACUGGCAGAGAUUUCAGUCAAGCAGGGGAUGAAGACAGACACAGGCACUCUGAUGUCACUGUGUGAAAAGACUGACAACGACAUCAGGUCUUGCAUCAACACACUACAGUUCCUCCACGGUCGCGGCCACAAGCAGGUGAACACAAAGACAAUCCAGUGUGUGUCUGUGGGGCAAAAGGACCAGAACAAAGGCUUGUUCCAUCUGUGGCAGGGAAUCUUCCAGCUUCAACGUGCUAAACGGAAACGUAUCGGUGAGGGGUUUGAGGAGGGACCAGGUUCAGGUGCAGCUCAGAGGUUUCAGCACAUUCUGCUGCUGGCUUCAUCUAGUGGAGAGUAUGAGAAGGUUUCUCAGGGUCUGUAUGAUAAUUAUCUGUCCAUGCGUGUGAGGGACCCCAACCUGCAGAGUGUCAGUGAGGCUCUGGAUUGGCUGUUGUUCUCAGACAGGUUGAACCAAGUCAUCAUGCACGGGCAGAACUUCUCCCUAAUGAGAUACCUUCCCUUCCUGUCUGUCACGUUCCACUUCCUGUUUGCACACACAAACGUGCCCCGCAUCAACUAUCCCCACAGCCAGCAUGAGGCGUCCACCAAGCUCCUUAGCAACAGGAAUGCUUUGUCCACCAUGUUGACAGACAUCCCAGCAUGCAUCAGAACGAGGAUCAGCCAGCUCAGCCUGUCCCUUGAUAUUCUCACGCUGCUCCUCGACAUCAUUUGUCCCAAACUGCGGCCUGUGAAUCCGCAGCUGUUCAGCAGCAGAGAGAAGGAGCAGAUGCGUGACCUGAUCAACACCAUGCUGGCUUACAACCUCUCAUACAGGCAGGACCGCACGCCUGAGGGGCAGUACACCUACCUGCUGGAGCCGCGUGUUGAAGAGGUUGUGAGGUUUCCUGGCCUUCCUCCACGCCGUCAGCUGACGUAUCAGGCCAAACAAACCAUCAGCAGAGAGAUGGAGCAAGAGAAGAUGAGGAGAGCCGAGCAGCUGAUGAUGCAGCGAAACCCUGCAGCGCAGAAAGAGGAAGAAAAAAAAGAGUGCUGGUCCUAAACCAACGAGGAACCAUCAGCAGAGGCUGGAGAACAUCGUCAAACAGACCACAGUGGAGACGAGGCCGGAGGUGGAUUUCUUUGGUCGAGCUGUCGCCCCCAAACCUCAGAGACCGCAGCCCGCCCCAGAGACAGGUGAGAAGUGUGCAG